UGCACACACAAACGAAGAAAAGUUUGUCACCAAGGUCACAGCGCAUGUGGCAAGCGGAGAACAGCCUGGUGAGAAUAUAUGGUUAGCCACAGCACUGGUAGACGUCACAUCGAGUUCAGGUCAGUCACACGUCUUCCGUGCUCUCAUUGAUCCAGGUUCAGAGGUGUCACUAGUUACAUCAAGAGUCGUCGAUUUAUUAGGUUUAAAGAAAAACGAGAUCAGCGGCGUCAUGUUUGGUGUUGGUGAAGGUAAUCGCACAUCUCUUAAGCACUUAGUAGAUUUACAGAUUACGUCUAGAUAUGAUACAAAUUUCUCAUUUGAUGUUAUACUUGGCCACAGCUUAAGGAUAUACAACUGGCUGACCCCACCUUCAACGUACCAGGUAGGAUAGAUAUUUUACUUAGUGCGAAAAUUUAUGCUAAGAUAAUGGACAAUGGUUUGAUUAGGGGGCCAGGCGACGUAAUCGCGCAGCACACCCGUCUCGGGUGGAUCUUGUCAGGUGAUAUUGAGGUAAAUUCAAGCAGGUCUCAUAAUGUCAGGAGUUUUCACAUCACAAGACAGGUCGAGGAAGAUAACAAUCUACUAAGAAAAUUCUGGGAAUUGGAAACAGAACUUUACACAACCAAGAAAGCUUGGUCUAAGGAGGAAGAAAGUUGUGAAGAAAUCUACAAUAAUACAACGGUAAGAGAUGAAACAGGAAGGUAUGAAGUGCAUCUGCCCCCGAAACAAACUAAAGAAGAAACAAUAAAGCUUUGUGGUGAAACAAAGCAGCAAGCAAUUACUAGGUUCCAACAAAUAGAAAGAAAGUUCCACAGAAAUGGCAAACUGAAAGAAGAAUACACAAAGGUCAUCAAUGAAUAUUUGAAUUUAGGGCAUAUGAAGAAGGUAAAGAAGGAAGAUGAAAGGGAAGCUAUUUACCUAGCCCACCACCCUGUAAUUCGUGAGGAUAAGGACACUACAAAGGUAAGGAUAGUAUACGAUGCGUCAUCGAAGGGUUCCAACGGUAGAUCCUUAAAUGACAGCAUGCUAGUGGGGCCUACCUUGCAACCUGAUCUACGCAGCCUUAUCAUUCGCUGGAGAUGUCACAAAAUCUGUGUGGUAGGCGAUAUAGUCAAGAUGUAUCGUCAAGUAAAAAUGACAAACAACCAUACCGAUUUACAGCGGAUAGUGUGGCGAGAUGAAGUUUCUGGCAUCUUGGAAAGUUAUCAGCUGUUAACAGUCACUUUUGGGACCGCUGCGGCACCUUGGUUAGCAGUACGAACGCUACUUCAACUCGCUGACGAUGAAUCUGAAAGGUAUCCACGAGGCGCAGCAGUGGUUAAGGACUCCUUUUACAUGGACGACUUGAUGACUGGCCAUGAAGAUUUAUCUGAAAUGAAAGUAAUAUGUAAUGAAGUUAAUAAGUUACUAAAAGCAGGGGGCUUUCACAUGCAAAAAUGGUCAAGCAACUCUGAGGAGUUGUUAAAGUACUUACAAGAGGUUAGUGACAGUAAAGAAACAGUGAACAGUCUAGAAAUAAAGCUAGAUAAGGUAAUAAAGAUACUUGGACUUACCUGGGACAGGAACGAAGACACCUUUAAAAUUACUGUGAACUUACCGGAACUCAGGAAUCCUGUAACAAAAAGGUUAGUAUUAUCAGAUGUGGCGAGUCUCUUCGAUCCCUUAGGAUGGCUAGCUCCAGUCGUCAUAACAGCGAAGGUCAUGAUACAGAAAUUAUGGCUUUGCAACCAUGGAUGGGAUGAAGAACUGCCCGCAGAAAUAGUUAACGAAUGGGUUACUUACCGAGAUGAUCUGAACGAGCUGCAAAUGAUAGGAAUCCCACGGUGGAUGAAAAUCACAGCAGGCUGUAAGGAUAUACAACUGCAUGGGUUCGCUGACGCAUCAUCAGUGGCAUACGCCGCAGUAGCUUAUGUGAGAGUCGUUGAUCAGGAUGAUGAAGUCCAUAUUACAAUGAUAGCAGCGAAAACAAAGGUGGCGCCACUGAAGCAGUUGAGUAUCCCGAAAUUAGAACUGUGCGCCGCAGUCUUGCUUGCAAAGCUAUUGCAUGAGCUCUCAAACUUACUGAAGAUACCGAUGGAGAAGACAUAUGCCUGGACAGAUUCGAUGGUGGUCCUAGCCUGGUUACAGUCUCAGCCAAGCCGAUGGCAAGUUUUUGUGGGCAACAGAGUCUCAGAAAUUAUACAAAUAAUCGAUAAUGACAGAUGGCGACAUGUUCAGUCAAGAGACAACCCUGCCGAUCUUGCCUCUAGGGGAAUCAGAGCAAGAGAAAUAGUAGAUAAUGGACUAUGGUGGACUGGACCAGAGUGGCUGAAAGACAAAGAUACCGAGUUCACUAGAGUUGACAUUAAACCAACAAGUUUAGAAAUGAAGAAGACGUUUCACAUUAACCUAGGUGACACUCCUAUCUGGAAAAGGUUCUCAUCCUUGACAAAGUUGAAGAGAGUACUAGCUCAAUGCCGAAGAUUUAUAAACUGGAAAAAUAAGACAAAUCGAGAAGAUUAUUUGACAGCAGCUGAAAUGGAAGAAAUAGAAAUGAGAUGUAUAAGAUACUACCAAUAUUCGAUAUAUGAAGAUGAAAUUAAAGACCUGAAAAAGAAUGGUAAAAUUAAGGCAAAGAGUUCUUUAAUCACGCUGACUCCAUACUUAGAUGAACGUGGUCUGUUGAGGGUCGGUGGCCGCCUUAACAACUCUUCCAUAGCAGAAGAAGCAAAACACCCUAUCAUCAUACCCAGCAAGCAACAUAUCACAAAACUGCUGAUCAAAGAAGCGCAUGUCAGAACAUUGCACGGAGACAUACUGGCUAUGAUGACAUACAUUCGAAGCAAAUAUUGGAUUAUUAGUCUAAAGGCAGCUGUCAGACAAGUUACCCACAGUUGCAGGACAUGUAUUGUGGAAAAGGCUAAAACUCAACAGCAACUGAUGGGUCAGUUGCCCGCCCCGAGGGUUACACCUCAUCGUGCGUUCCUUAACAGUGGAGUAGACUACGCAGGACCUGUGCAGUUGAGGACGUCGAAGGGUCGCGGUCACACGUCGAUAAAGGGAUAUAUUUGUCUUUUCAUCUGCAUGUCCACCCGAGCGAUACAUUUGGAGGCUGUGACGGACCUCACAGCACAAGCUUUCAUUGCAGCUUUCCGUAGAUUUGUUGCCAGAAGAGGCCGCUGCUUGCAUCUUUGGAGCGACAACGGGACUAAUUUUGUAAAGGCCGACAAAGAGCUUAGAGACAUGUUCGCAAAGAGCAACUCAAGUGUAGCUAAGGAAAUAGCGGAACUUUUAGCCAAUGAUGGCACAACCUGGCAUUUUAUUCCCCCGAAGGCUCCCAACUUUGGUGGACUUUGGGAAGCUGGCGUACGCUCGGUAAAAAGGCAUCUAAAUCGUGUUAAUGGCACCACAAAGCUGACUUACGAAGAGAUGGCGACUCAACUGGCUCAAAUUGAGUCUUGUUGUAAUUCAAGGCCUUUGUCACAUUUAGAUGAAACGUUAGACACCUUAAAUCCACUUACACCUGGUCAUUUUUUGAUCGGAGAACCGGUAACUAGCGUUCCGGAUAUAAACUAUGAAAAUAGAAAUGUUAACAUGCUGACCAGAUGGCAGCUUAUACAAAAACAGACGCAAGAUUUUUGGAGAAGAUGGAAAGCGGAAUACCUAAACACCUUACAGCAACGGUACAAGUGGCAGGAUACAGUUAAUCCGCCAACUGUUGGAGAUAUCGUUGUAAUCAAGGAGGAUGACAUGCCGCCGGCAAAGUGGCUAUUGGGAAAGAUAACAACAUUACAUCCAGGACCUGAUCAGCUGGUGCGAGUAGUUACGGUGCAGUGUAAAGGAAACAACCUUCUGAAAAGACCCUUGUCAAAAUUGGUACUCUUGCCAAAGCACCCCGAUAAUUAGGAUAUAAUGUCCGCUUACCAUUACUUUAGUAUAGGCCGUAUACUUGUGUUUCACCAUCGAGAUGGACAAACCUGAGUAUAAAAGGGUGGGCGGUCAGUCUUUUAAAAUAUACCUAAUUAAAGUUUAAAAUAAAUACCUACUUACUUACCAGGUAAAACCUCUAAUCAACUCAAUCAGACAUCAUUAGAUAAUCGCUUUCCCGUUGUUUAUGUCAAUACAUAUGCAUACUAUACUUAGAUACUUACCUGGACGUAACUAGUAAACGUUAGGAUGAUUUAGAUAGUUAUUUAACAAAUAAACCACUCCGGUAUUAAUUCGCCAACAUUAAACAUUAUACAAAAAGAGACCUUAUCGUGUUAGCAUAAGAAUCAUACUCGAGUGUGUUCAUUAGAUAGUUCUAAAAUCUAAGAUGUAACGAUUUUCUAUGUUCGUACUUAAACUAAGCAUUGUUUACUAAAGACAUUAUUUGUUUAGCUAACAUCAAGUACCUAAAACAAUCUAUACAGUCCAUUUCAAUUGAAUCUAAUCAAAUUACGUUAGCAAACAAGAUGUUUUUUUGUAAAAUAAAAUAAUUUUAUAGUUAAAAAUAAGUACGUAAAAAUAUGUUACAAUGUCUUACCUACAUGUUACAUUCUAAUAUGUGAGAUUACAUUACAAAUAGUUAUUAAGCAAUCAUUUUCAUCUAUUUGUAAUCUAUUUGCCUUAAUUAUUUUGUUAAACUGCUCAAUUUACAUUAUUUAGAAACGAGACGAUGUAACUAGAUAACAUGAACUAUGGAAAAUUACACUUUAUUUCUAUGAAUGUAAGAUUCAAAGUAGUUCGCUUAUUGUUGAUAACAUAUGUACGUAUAUCUCUCAAAGGUAAACGAGCAGCUGGGUGAUGGGAUUUUGUUUAUUUCUUUAACAUUAUUAUUGGUUAAUAGUUGGUAUACAUUUGUGGGUAGGUACCUAGCUUGACUAGUUAUGUAGCACGUAAUUAGCACCAAGUUAACUUGUUUGUGAAAUUAUAAUAUUCUCUAAGGCCCGACCAUAGAUAGAUAUUGUGUUUCUUACGAAUAAAAUGUACCUACAUAUUUAGUAUAAAUAAUUAGCGCCGAUAGUGUAGUUUAAGUUUGUUCCUACCUAUUGUACUGAGUAAAGACUUAUAUUUUUUAUAAUGAUUUAGUUUCACAGUUUGCAGGGCUGUUAUUUGUUAACUUAACGCUUAAUGUAAACUUAAUCGACUUUAGAUUUUUGCCUUACGUAACUUAUGUUUUUCGGUUAAAGUUUACAAUGUACCUAGUGUUAUUUUGUGGUUUUAGGUUAACGAAUGUUUUGUUAUUCAUUCUAGAGCUUAGUUUAAAAACUGUUGUUUUUGGUAGGCGGUAUGUUAAGUCGAAAUUUGAUUACCUAUACGCACCUAUACAUGCAUACUGCAUACCUAUAUGUACCUAUGAUGAGUUGACCCCGCCGCAGUUUAGUUGCAAUAAAUAGUCAUAAGAGUA